UGAAGAGAAAUUAAGCAUUAAACAACAAAAAGUAGAAAAACUCGCAUCGUGAGACCUUAACUAAUAAGAUUAGAUUGUAGUAUUAUAGUUAGGAAAUGGCAGAGCCAGAAGUAGUGGAAGAUUUCUUUGGAGUUUAUUUAUUGUACAACAUAAACCCCAAAUACAAGGGCCGUACAUACAUCGGCUACACAAGAGACCCAAAUAGAAGGAUAAUGCAACACAACAGAGGGACAUGGGCUGGUGGUGCACACAGGACUAGCAACAGAGGCCCAUGGAAGAUGGUCAUGAUAGUCCACGGUUUCCCGAACAACAUAUCUGCUUUGAGGUUUGAAUGGGCUUGGCAGAACCCAACAAAGACAACAAGACUGCAGCACUUGUCCCUAAAGAGAGUUCCUAGAAAGGAGACUGAGUUCCGCUUCCAGCUUCGAGUUGUCAGCGAAAUGCUCAGGGUUGGGCCGUGGUGUCGUCUGCCUCUCACCAUCAGGUGGCUGGAGAAAGACUUUUAUGAAGAAUUUCCACCGGAAAGAGAACCACCUUCUCAUAUGAAAAUUUGCCACGGACCAGUGAAAAGCAAGAAUCUAAGGAAAUCCAAGGACACCCAUGCAACCCACACAGAAUGCCUCCUUUGCUCCGGCUAUAUUACCAGCGCUAACUCCAAACUGUCCUGUUUAAACCCUCACUGUGACCUUGUAUCUCAUAUAACAUGUCUUGCCCAGUUAUUCUUAGAACCCACUGAAUUUGUUCCCAUACAAGGACAGUGUCCUUUUUGUAGUACAAUGCUCAAAUGGGGUGACCUAAUAAGAAAAAUGAGAGGUUGUGGUCAGGAUACACUGAGCCAGGAAGAUGACAACUGUAGCAAUGAUGAUGAUGAAAUUUUGUCACAAGACAGAGCUUUUGUUGAUAAUAAUUCCAUUUGGUUACAAGACUGUGAUGAGUUAUGACGAAAAAUAUACAAUAUGGGCUUGAGUGUAA